CACAAACAUUUAAAUCAGCAACUGCUUGUGGUAAAUCAUACAUCUCCAUCAAUCUUUGCUCAAACACGGCCAACAUGUCUUCUAAACCUACAAACCAGUCCUCCCCUGAAUUCACAUCUUACUACCUCCAACGGGCCACACAAGAGCUUUCAGAGGAUCUCGACAAGGUUCGCAACGCUGAAGAUUUCAAGGCCGAUUCGAUCUCGUUUCUUGUCCACGCUCUGCAGCAGGGCGCUGACCUUUUCUCGUCCGAGGAUCAGAACAGAGUGAUAGCUGAACCAAAGCGCAAGGAAGAGAAUGCCUAAGAGGAGUACCCUCCAAGUUCAGACAUUUUGGGUCAAACAGUCAAAGAUGCUCGACAAAGCAUCGAUAAUAAGAAUUCGCGGCAUCGAAGAUUUUUGAAGGGCGCCAUUCAGCCACUUCUCAUGAAAUGAGAACACGUCGGAGCACCAAUGUUCUGAUUUGGCUAACAAAAGCGUU